AUGGCUGGGUGUUGUAUGUCUGCUGAGGAAAAGGAGCGCCAGAGAAUCAAUCAGGAGAUCGACAAGCAGCUGCGCAAAGACAAGAGCAACGCCAAGCGCGAAUUCAAACUGCUGCUGCUGGGUACUGGUGAGAGUGGGAAGAGUACCUUCAUCAAACAGAUGCGCAUCAUCCAUGGUGCUGGUUACACUGAGGAGGACAAAAAAACCUUCACCAAGCUGGUGUUCCAGAACAUCAUCACCGCCAUCCAGGCCAUGGUCAGAGCUAUGGAGGCACUGUCGAUAACGCUGGGCGACGCAGCGAACGAGACUUACACCAGUUUGCUGCUGGAGGUGGACGUGGAUAAGAUGAUGGAGUUGGAGGAGAGCUAUGUGGAUGCCAUCCGCCAUCUAUGGAAGGACACAGGCAUUCAGGAAUGUUACAACCGCCGCAGGGAAUAUCAGCUCUCUGACUCCGCCAAAUAUUACCUGAAUGAUCUGGACCGCAUUGCAGACACGGGCUAUGUGCCCACUGAGCAGGACAUCCUGAGGGUACGAGUGCCCACCACCGGUAUCAUUGAGUACCCAUUUGACCUGGAAAACGUCAUCUUCAGGAUGGUGGACGUCGGAGGACAGAGGUCUGAACGCAGAAAGUGGAUCCACUGUUUCGAGAACGUCACCUCUAUCAUCUUCCUGGUGGCGCUGAGCGAGUACGAUCAAGUCCUGGUUGAAUGUGACAAUGAGAAUCGUAUGGAUGAGAGUAAAGCUCUGUUCAAGACCAUCAUCACAUACCCAUGGUUCCAACAAUCGUCCAUCAUCCUGUUCUUGAACAAGACAGAUGUCCUGAAGGAGAAGAUCACCUACUCCCAUCUUGGCAACUACUUUCCUGAGUAUACAGGACCUCAGGGUGACCCGAAGCCAGCGCAGGAGUUUAUCCUGAAGAUGUACCUGGACCAGAACGAAGACAAAGAGAAGACCCUCUACUCUCACUUCACGUGCGCUACAGACACGGAGAACAUCCGUUUAAUUUUUGCUGCUGUGAAGGACACCAUCGUAAAGGGCAACCUGAAAGAUUUCAAUCUAGUCUAA